AUGAUAGAACUAAAUAAUAAAGAAGAUGUGACUAUUUACGAAUUACCAAAUGAAGAGGAUUACGGUGAAAAAGUCAACUAUGAAUUAUAUGAAUUAUCAAAUAAUGAAAGUUAUAUAUUGUCAAACGAAAAAGUUGACUAUAAAUUACCAAUUGAGGAAGUUGACGAUAAAAUUUCAAAUGAUUGUGAAAUGUCAAAUGAAAUCCAAAAAGAAAAAUUAUUUGAAGAAGAGCCAUUUAACAAGGAAUCUUUCGAAGAAUUAUUUGAUAAUAAUGAGUAUUUUAGUGAAGAUGAAUUAUCUGAUGAUUAUGAAGAAUUUAACUUUAAUAUUAAAGACGGAUUAUGUAGUGAUAAUGAUGAUGAUAAUGAAGUACAAAGCAAAGAAAUAUCAGAUAAAAUUGUUGAUAAAGCCUUAAACAGUGAACAGAUGCCACAUACUGAUGGAGAGUUUGCACCGUAUUUCAAAAAUGUUACUGAGGCAUUGAUGUUUUGUUGGAUACAAAAACAUAACAUAUCUACCCGAGCUUAUGAUGAAUUAGUGGAUAUAAUUAACCAUCCAAAGUUCAAAAGUGAAGAUGUUGUAACAAAUUUUGCCUCUACUCCCGAUCAAAUCACGCAAAAUAUCAUUUGGCAUUCACUUAACAAUCCAUCACUGUUUGGCCAAAUGUAUUUUGGUCCAGGUAAAAUAGUUGAAAAAAAUAUAGAACUCUGGCAUGGAGACUUACUAUGGAAGGAAUCACCGCGAUUUGGAUGUGCAUUUACUCAAAUUAAUGGAAAGAUAUACAAUUGUGGAGAUUUUGUAGUUUAUAAAGAAACAGUAUCAAAGAUUGGUAGAAUCUUAGCAAUAGUAGAAAUGCAUGGUGAACUCAAAAUAAUCAUACAACGCGUUUUAAGGUUUGAUGAAUUGCCAAAAAAUUUACAAAGUAAUGAUCGUAGAAAAAGAUCACAUAUUGAAGUAUGGUUGUUAGAUUGCAAUCAAUAG